CUCUCUUGAAGUGUGAGCAGUGAUCGGAUGGAGAGCAGCUUUAGUUUGCCAACAUUAAACUUCAGUGUGCUUUUACAGGUAGUUUAAAGCAUCAAGGGCGGAAAAACAGAAACACCUCCUCCUCUGCCUCCUCCUCCUCCUCCUUUUAUCUUUACUCUGGUGAAAAAGGGGCAGUCUGCGAGGAAAGGAGGUUUUACAGCGCGAACAGAAGCCCUCAGAUAUCACCUGUUAAACUGUUAACUGGAGGUUGCUUGGAUAUUUGAGCAUAAAAAGCUGCAGCCAUGUCUCCUUUCCUGCGGAUUGGGUUCUUCAAGUUUGAGAUGGAUCCGGGCCUGGCCUACCACGAGGAGGUGCUGAACCCGUACUGUGCCGUUUACAUGAAGGAGGCCAUCGACACAGAGAAGGGCCAAGUGCACAAGCAGAAGAAGCCCACCAUGUACCCCCCAUGGAGCACCACGUUCGAUGCCCACGUCCACCCCGGGCGCAUCAUGCACGUGAUGGUGAAGGACCGCACGGCCGAGCUCAAGUCCGAGGCCACCGUGGCUCUGGACUCUCUGGCAACGCAAUGCAAGAAGGAGAACGGCAAGCUGGAGACCUGGCUGGAGCUGAAGCCACAGGGCCGCCUGCUGAUGGAGGCCAAAUAUUAUCUGGAGAAAACUGACGCUGCAGGUCAGCCUGAGGAAGAGUCGGGACAAAUGAGAGAGGGUCUGUUCGCCUUGCAUGAGCGGCGAGGGGCCAUCAAACAAGCCAAAGUUCACGUUGUCAAAUGUCACGAGUUCAGCGCCACCUUUUUCCCUCAACCCACCUUCUGCUCCGUCUGCAAAGAGUUUGUCUGGGGUCUAAACAAGCAGGGGUACCAGUGCAGACAGUGCAACGCAGCUAUUCACAAAAAAUGCAUAGACAAGGUUAUCGCCAAAUGCACUGGUUCAGCCAUCAACAGCAAAGAAACAAUGAUCCACAAGGAGCGCUUCAAGAUCGACAUGCCGCACAGGUUUAGAGUGUACAACUACAAAAGUCCAACGUUCUGUGAACACUGCGGUACUCUGCUCUGGGGGCUCGCCAAGCAGGGGCUCAAAUGUGAGGAAUGCUGCAUGAACGUCCAUCAUAAGUGCCAGAAGAAAGUAGCCAACCUAUGCGGGAUCAACCAGAAACUCAUGGCUGAAGCUCUGGCCAUGAUCGAGACUAAACAGCAGGCCAGAAGCUCCAGGGACACUGAAACGGAAAUCAUCGGCAGAGAGGGUCCAGUCAGUGUCGACCAGCCGGGGGUUAUCAGAGCUCCGUCUGGGUUAGUAACGGCCACAGCUACACCUGCAAACAAAGAGAUGCAGGGUGUUUCAUGGGAAGGACCGGCAGACAGGAGCAUCACUGAGGCGCUGAAAGAAGAAGAAGAGCCUCUGUACGCCGUCCCAAAGAAGGACCAACCCAGGUUCACCGUCAAUGACUUCGUUCUGCACAAGAUGCUCGGGAAAGGCAGCUUCGGCAAGGUAUUUUUAGCCGAGCUGAAGAGAAGUGGGACGUUUUACGCAGUGAAGGCUCUGAAGAAGGACGUGGUGCUGAUGGACGAUGACGUGGAAUGCACCAUGGUAGAGAGGAGGGUCCUUUCUUUAGCCUGGGAAAACCCUUUCCUCACACACCUUUACUGCACCUUCCAGACCAAGGAAAACCUGUUCUUUGUCAUGGAGUAUCUGAACGGAGGGGAUCUCAUGUUCCAUAUCCAGAGCUGCCACAAAUUUGUGCACAGAGCCACAUUCUAUGGAGCAGAAAUCAUCUGUGGGCUUCAGUUCCUGCACUCCAGAGGAAUCAUUUACAGGGAUCUGAAGCUGGAUAAUGUGCUGCUGGACUCUGAAGGUCACAUAAAGAUCGCAGACUUUGGCAUGUGUAAGGAGAACAUGCAGAACGACACCCUGACCUCCACCUUCUGUGGCACGCCUGACUACAUCGCUCCUGAGAUACUGCUGGGUCAGAAGUACAACAGCUCAGCAGACUGGUGGUCAUUCGGGGUUCUGCUCUACGAGAUGCUGAUCGGACACUCUCCAUUUCACGGCCAAGACGAAGAGGAGCUGUUUCAGUCUAUACGGACCGACAACCCCUUUUAUCCCCACUGGCUCUCCAAAGACUCCAAAGACCUUCUGAUCAAGCUGUUUGUGAGGGAGCCCGAGGAGCGCCUUGGACUGAAGGGAAACAUCCGACAGCACAAGUUCUUUAGCAGCACCGACUGGAACAACCUGGAACAACGCAAGGUGGCACCGCCCUUCAAGCCAACUGUAUCAUCCCCCAGUGACUGCAGUAACUUUGACAAAGAGUUUAUCAACGAGAAGCCACGACUGUCUUGUGCCGACCGUACGCUCAUCAACAGCGUUGAUCAGACGAUGUUCAAGAACUUCUCCUUCGUGAACCCGGGGAUGGGCCGCCCGGCAGCACGCUGAGCACUGGACAAAACAACCUACUACAUUACAAACAAGCCGCUCACACACAACCAGCACUUACUGAAACUGAAAUGGACUGCAGAGACUUUAGACUGUGAAUGUCACAAAACUCAACUGUAUCUGUGAUUAUGAUGAUAACCACUAAAGGGUGUGUCCUUAGUGUAAGGCACAGACAUGGCUACUAUGACAGUAUAUGUGUCUUAACUCUUAAGUCUCUCCAUUUAAAAUAAAACAAAUAUCCACAAAAAGCCUUUGGUAAUCUCAUCUUCUGGUAUCAGACAAAGAGGCCCAGAACACAUACCAAGAAGUCCGUUAUACUCACACACAAUUCAUCAAGUGGCAUAUACUGUAUAUCACCUAUAAAUCUUGCCUUUGCGCUCAUGAUUGAAGGUGUGUUUCUAAAUAAAAAUGUGUUGUAAAAAUCUUACGGAGCUUCGUAGUAAUAUGUGAGGGUAAAGUUCUUAAAAUAAAAGCAAACAAAACAUGUGGUUACAGAUAAUUAGUGUUAUAGUUUUCUUUCCUGUCUUAUUCCCUAGCCUGAUGAGUAUUUUACCUCCAUGUUCGAUACAGAUGUUAAAAUGUGUUGUGUAAAUAAAUGUCAUUCUGUCGAUAUACUAGACUGUCAGUUGGAUGGAUAUCCGUUAGUGUGUAGCAGGAUUUAGUUUAUGUAUUUUCUUAUUGAACCUCAGGAGUUUUAUUGAUGCUAUAUUUUGGAUCAGGUAGCCUACUUAGAUCAGCUGCAUACUGUAGUUGUUAUUGUUCUAUUCAUUGUGAAUCAUGUCUAAUAAAAUAUGUGAGGUUUGUA